AACUCCUAACGGUAGAAGCGGACAGAGUGGGAUCCCAGUAGUGACUAGCGAGCGAGUCGCAAGUGAUAAAUUUAAGGAUUCUAUUAAUUUCUCUCUCAAUCUUACUCUUCAUUUCCACUCUUGUUUUCUCUGUUCUUUCCUCUGAGUGAAGUGAUGGAUACUUUUCUUUUCACUUCCGAAUCUGUCAAUGAAGGGCAUCCUGACAAGCUAUGUGAUCAAGUGUCCGAUGCCAUUCUAGAUGCUUGUUUGGAGCAAGAUCCUGAGAGUAAAGUUGCUUGUGAGACUUGUACUAAGACAAACAUGGUGAUGGUCUUUGGUGAAAUUACCACCAAGGCAAAGGUGGAUUAUGAGAAGAUUGUUCGUGAUACCUGCAGAGGCAUUGGUUUUGUGUCAGCUGAUGUUGGUCUGGAUGCUGAUAAAUGCAAGGUCCUUGUCAAUAUUGAGCAACAAAGCCCCGAUAUUGCUCAGGGAGUCCAUGGUCACCUUACUAAGAAACCUGAGGAGAUUGGUGCUGGUGACCAAGGUCACAUGUUUGGGUAUGCCACAGAUGAGACUUCUGAGCUGAUGCCACUGACCCAUGUGCUUGCAACCAAGCUUGGAGCUAAGCUCACUGAGGUGAGAAAGAACAAAACAUGCCCAUGGUUAAGGCCUGAUGGCAAGACUCAAGUGACUGUUGAGUAUAGGAAUGAAGGUGGAGUAAUGAUCCCUCUCAGGGUUCACACCGUUUUGAUAUCAACUCAGCAUGAUGAGACUGUCACCAAUGAACAGAUUGCUGAAGACCUGAAGGAGCACGUGAUUAAGCCAGUCAUUCCAUCCCAGUAUCUCGAUGACAAUACAAUCUUCCACCUCAACCCUUCAGGUCGCUUUGUCAUUGGUGGUCCACAUGGGGAUGCUGGGCUUACAGGCAGGAAGAUAAUCAUUGACACUUAUGGUGGCUGGGGCGCCCACGGCGGUGGUGCUUUCUCUGGAAAGGACCCCACUAAGGUGGAUCGUAGCGGUGCUUAUAUCGUCAGACAGUGUGCAAAGAGUAUAUUGGCUUCAGGGCUUGCCCGGCGAUGCAUUGUUCAAGUCUCUUAUGCAAUUGGGGUACCAGAACCAUUAUCUGUGUUUGUGGACACUUAUAGGACAGGAAAGAUCCCAGACAAAGAUAUACUGGCUUUGGUGAAGGAAAAGUUUGAUUUUAGGCCAGGGAUGAUUGCCAACAAUCUUGACCUGAAGAGAGGAGGCAACUUCAGGUAUCAGAAGACUGCUGCAUAUGGGCAUUUUGGCAGGGACGACCCUGAUUUCACAUGGGAGAUUGUGAAACCUCUCAAGCCAGCCAAGGCCUAGAGUUGAUAUUAUCCUGUUUGAUAUUGCAAUUGCCAUCUUUUUCUUUUUUGCCCUCCAUAUGCUAGUGAGAGUUUAUCUAAAUUUAUUUAUUUCGUUCGUUCAUCAGAGGCUAGAUGGAUUAAGCAGGCUAAGAUUUAGGAAUUUUGCAGGCAAUAGAUUUAAGUUACUGUUGAUUGUACUUUUGCAUGUCUUUUGUCAUAGGUUCUGGAAGUAACAUUUUCUCUUUUAUAUUGGACUUGUUAGUAUUUUAGUUGA